AUGUGACUGCUGUAUUUUGUUUCUAGCUCUGAUUAUCUGAGAUCGGCUGAAAUGACUGAAGUGAUGAUGAACACCCCAGCUAUGGAUGAGAUUGGGCUAAGCCCCCGCAAGGAUGGUCUGUCGUAUCAGAUCUUCCCUGAUCCAUCGGACUUCGACCGUUACUGUAAGCUGAAGGACCGCCUGCCCUCCAUCGUGGUGGAGCCAACGGAGGGAGAUGUGGAGAGUGGUGAGCUGAGAUGGCCACGCGAAGAAUUCAUUGUGCAGGAGGAGGAGGAGGAAGAGGAGGAAGAAAACUGUGAAGACGCAAAGAAGGACAACAAGGAGCAAUAAAUUGCAUCUGAGGAAAGGCAAGGGACCACACCCUUCUGAAGGAAGAGCCACACUUCUUUUGAAAGUCUUUUUAAAAAACAAAAAGACAAGUUCAAUUUUGCACCUGCAAGAUCUUAGUUUUUUUGUAUUCUCUGUAUUGAGAACUGAAGCCCUCAGUGUCACCAGACCUCCUGAGGAAGGAAGGAAGUAACACAGAGAAAUGUUUGCUGUUCUCGA